UGAUUUUGACUUUUAAAAUGAACAGUACGAUUGUCUAUGAACAGAAAAAUAUAUUUGCAGGUUUAUUACGAUAAAAAUACCAUUUUGGAAGCUAAAGUGUUAAUAAAAAAAACUUUAGUGUUUAAAGCGGUAGAAAACUACGUUCUCUCUACUUAAAAUGCCAUUUUCCCCUUUUAUAACAGACUAAGUAUUAGCUUGCUCUAAACUAAAGUUUGUCGUGCACGACAAAAAGAAAAAAAUCUUCUAAUGUGUUAAAAAAGCACUGUGAAACCGAAGAGUCUUUAACUUAAGAGUUAAGAGUGAGUUCUUGACUUGUUGUACAGAAAAAGCACUAAAGCUUUCACCACUCAUAGAAUGCAAAAGCCAAUCACACUACAAUGACAAAUAAUCUCAAGCACCCAUUCGAAGAUCCACCAUCGUCCCCAUCUUCAAGCGCCGGCGAGAGAGAAAUAGAGUUCGUGUCGUCUCAAGAAGAUGAAGAUGAAGAAGGGCGCCAGCACACCAUCUUUUCUUCUGAUGAGGACGAACCAGAAGAUCCUCCACCGAGGAGUUCCGGCGAGGCUCAGCUGUCAGGGAGGAAGCGGCUGAGUGAAGGGAUCUCAAGUAGCAACGUGAGUUCGAAACGAGCCAAGAAAGGUGAGAAGAUGGGAACUAAGAAUAGACGGUUUAGUGAGAAAGAUGAGAUUGUUUUGCUACAAGGCAUAGUUGAUUACAAAGGGAAGAAUCCAUUAGAAGAUAAGCGUUCACUCUACGAAUCAAUGAAGGGUUCUUUUAGCUUUGAUGUUACCUUGGAUCAGUUCAGGGACAAGAUUCGUCAUAUGAACAACAAAUAUACAGCUAAAGAGAAGAGCGGUGAACAGCAGGCUUCUAUUUUGAAUCCUCAUCAGCAAAAGUGUUUUCAGUUAUCAAAGGCUAUUUGGGGAGCUGAUGGGAUAGCUUUUGAAUCUGCUAACGGUAAGUUAAAGAAGAGUGAGGGGAGAGUGUCAAAGAAGCGUGACUUGGUCUCUUCACUUAUGGGUAAGAAGGCCCAAGAAGGUAGUAAAAGAGGAGAUACGAAGAAUGCACCACUUGUAGAGAAAGAAUCUGAUUGGGAUGAAAGUUCUUUCUUUCUUGGUAUGGAUUUUUUGAAAGAAAAAUGGACCAAGGUUCCAGCUGAGACUAAGAAGGAAACACAAGAGAAGAUGAAGAAGUUGCAUGCGAAUGAACUUGAAUGUCAAAAGUUUGAAAAGAUGUUGAAGACUAUGAAAGAUAAAUGUGCACAUGACAAGGUAGAGCUCUUGAAUGAGGUUACCUCUUUGAUCAUGGCAGCAGAUUAGAUCCAAUGUAUUGGUUUCUAUUUUUAGAUGUAAUCGUUAACAUAGAUUCAGUGCCUUUUGUUGUUUUAAAACCUAAGAUGUUAACUAUCUGGUGUCUUUGUGUAUAUUGUAUUAAUUAGCUUA